AUGGUUGAAUGGACAGACUUUGAGCACACCACCAUCAAGGACAUCUUCUCCAAGAUUAACUAUGAAGAAGUGGGCCCUGCUGCUCUUUCCAGGUGUCUGGUUGUCUACCCCUGGACUCAGAGGUAUUUCGGUAACUUUGGAAACCUCUACAACGCCGCAGCCAUCACUUCAAACCCAAUGGUUGCAAAACAUGGGACAACUAUCCUGCACGGUCUGGACCGGGCUAUGAAGAACAUGGACAACAUCAAGGAAACCUACGCCGAGCUGAGUAUCCUGCACUCUGAGAAGCUGCAUGUGGAUCCUGACAACUUCAGGCUGCUGGCCGACUGCCUGACCAUCGUGCUCGCUGCUCGGAUGGGUUCAGGCUUCAGUGGUGAAGUGCAGGCAACUUUCCAGAAGUUCAUGUCCGUGGUGGUGUCCGCUCUGGGAAGACAGUACCACUAG